AUGCGUCUAGUCUACGUAAAGCGGAUGGGCUGCAAAGGAGCCAGCCCGGCCUUGAGGGCAGCUUCACGAUGGAAUACAGCCGCCUGCAGACCGCGCCUGACGCCCAAUGCAUACCCGGCGUCGCAAAGAUCGUACGCCGUCAAUCUCAAGUCAUUGGACAGCAAAUGGCGGCAAAUAUGGCAAGAAAACGAUUCGAACGACCUUAAAUCUCAAAAGCGCAGCGACCGCAAGACAAAUUAUGUCCUACCGAUGUUUCCAUACCCUUCAGGCAGCUUGCAUCUGGGCCAUCUGCGAGUUUACAGCAUCGCCGACACGGUUGCGCGGUAUCACAAGCUUCAAGGCGAUGACGUUCUUCUGCCAAUGGGCUGGGAUGCCUUUGGAUUGCCUGCUGAGAAUGCGGCGCUCGAACGAGGCAUUGACCCUGGGGUAUGGACAAGGAGCAAUAUUGCCAAAAUGAAAGAGCAGCUCGGCGCCAUGAAUGGAAGCUGGGACUGGGGUCGCGAAUUGACGGCCUGUGAACCCGAAUUUUACAAACAUACGCAAAAACUCUUUCUAAUGCUGCAUGAACGAGGGCUUGCGUACCAAGCCGAAGCCGAAGUCAACUACGACCCCGUGGAUAAAACUGUCCUCGCAAACGAGCAGGUCGACGCGAAUGGGUUCUCUUGGAGAUCAGGAGCUAAAGUCGAAAAGCGCAACUUGAAGCAAUGGUUCUUUCGGACUACCGAAUACCGUGAGGCCUUAUUACGAGAUCUUGACGAGCUCGCCAAAGACAACGCCUGGCCUGAGCGUGUCAUUUCACAGCAAAAGAAUUGGCUCGGAAAGUCGACUGGCGCCAUGAUCAAAUUUCCCAUCAUGGCCAUGGGGGGGACGAGUGUUGGCAGCGCUGUAGAGGUCUUCACAACUCGGCCAGACACACUAUUUGGUGUCCAGUAUGUAGCUCUCGCCGCUUCUCAUCCCGUCGUCGCCAAAUUGGCCGAAAGUGACCCUGAGCUGCAAGCGUUCUUGGAUACUCUCCCAGGACUGCCCCCGGACUCCAAAGUUGGCUACCUUCUACCGCAUCUGAGAGCAAUCAACCCUCUUGCCUAUCACGACGAGACGCCUGAUGCCACCAAGGCAUCACUGCCCAUUUAUGUUGCGCCUUAUGUCCUCGGUGACUAUGGUGAGGGUGCGGUCAUGGGUGUGCCUGGGCAUGAUGUGAGGGACCAUUCAUUCUGGAAAACUCAUCAGGAAGAUCAACCUGUGCGAAUCGUUCUUGCUGCAUCAGAGGAUGAAAGCACAACGGCUCUUUCGCUGGAAGAACCAUACACCGAGCACGGCAUUAUGACUCAACACAGCGGUGCUUUCGAGGGAAAGCAUUCUAAAAAGGCCGGCCAAAUCAUGGUUCGCAUGCUCGAAGCUGCUAAUCUCGCAAAACCGGUUGAGAAGUGGCGCUUGCGUGACUGGCUCAUUAGCCGCCAGAGAUAUUGGGGGGCUCCUAUUCCCAUAAUCCACUGCGAUUCUUGCGGCGCGGUUCCUGUUCCCGAUGAAGAUUUGCCAGUCAAGCUACCCAACGUGGAGAAACACUGGGCAGCGGGCAAGACUGGAAACGCUCUGGAAUCGUCGCCCGAUUUUGUAAACACGUCUUGUCCCAAAUGCAAAGGUCCCGCUCGUCGAGAUACUGACACAAUGGAUACUUUUGUGGACUCGAGCUGGUACUUUGCUCGGUUCACCGACCCUCACAAUAGCAAGCAACUUUUUUCUCCGGAAGCCAGCAGUAUGCUACCCGUUGAUACAUAUAUUGGAGGAAUUGAGCAUGCAAUUCUUCAUUUACUGUACGCUCGAUUCAUCUACAAGUUCCUGGCUUCAACUUCAUUGAUGCCAGAAUUUACCGAAGAGACGGCGACCUCGGCAGAGCCAUUCAAGCGGCUGAUCACGCAGGGUAUGGUCCAUGGAAGGACAUAUAUUAACCCUGACAAUGGCGUCUUCCUCAAGCCUACAGAGGUGGACUUGUCAGAUCCAUCAUCACCUAAAGUCGCUGCAACAGAUGCUCCUGCUACAGUAGCGUUUGAGAAAAUGUCCAAGUCUAAGCACAAUGGCGUGGACCCAACUGAGUGCAUUGCCAAGUACGGCGCGGAUGCGACGAGAGCCCAUAUGAUAUUUCAAGCACCUGUGGGAGACGUGUUGAACUGGGACGAGGCCAAGAUCUCUGGGGUCACUCGCUGGUUGCAUCGGUUGCAUGACCAAGUGGAGGCUGUCGCGACGGUUGACGAUUCAAAACCUGCCAAAGACUUGCUAGAAGCAAAUUUCAAAAGGGCUGACUCCAUGAGCCCAAAGGAGCUGGCACAGUGGGACGCAGACACAUCAUUAUGGAGGGAGGUACAACGGACUAUUGCCUCGGUCACUCAGUCAUACAACGAUAUUUACUCACUAAAUACGAUUGUGUCGGAUUUGAUGAGCCUCACUAAUGCGCUGGCAAGCUCGCAAGCUGAUAUAGUCAUCAAAAAGCAUGCAUCUAGCGUGCUGACGCGACUCGUUGCCCCUAUCACGCCGGCGUUUGCGGAUGAAUGCUGGAGCGUGUUAUACCCGUCCAGGGGCUUAAUCUUCCAGACAUCGACCUUUCCCUCCCAGGAUGGCACCUUGGAGUCUCCCAUGCUCCAGCCUCGACAGCAAUCAUGUGCUGUGCAGAUUAAUGGAAAGAUGCGGGGGGUGGUUGAGAUACUAACGCCUCCAGCUGAUUUGCAGGGGGAUAAGUUGAAGGAUUGGGUAGUGGCGGAAAUUCUCAAGAUUGAGGAGGGCAGAGAACGAUUUGGGGAAGGGAAAUAUGACUUGAAAAAGGCCAAGAGGGCCAUUGCUGUACGAGGCGGCAAGGUAGUGAACUUUGUCAUGUAA